AUGGAACCAAAGGUCCCGUCUGGGCUGUUGACGAUCUCCCAGUCUCCCAGUGAACUGGGAAAGGAGAAGCUGAAUGUCACCAUCAUCAGGGGUCUCUGGCAAGCUUUCUUUGUCUCGCGACAGGCCAGCAAUAAUCAGACGGACCGUCGACUUGAGUAUUUGUUCUGGAGAAUCUGGAGUAGCGAUACUCUGCAAAGCGAUGCCAGUAUCGAGUCUUUGGAUCGUCUGGUGUCAAGAAUCAUGGAAUCUUCAAAUGAGAUGCCUAAGACACCGGUCAAGAUCCCACCAUCACCUGAGCUCACUCAGCCUUCUCAGCACCUUCCUUCAGCUCCGCGAGCUAUUCCACACACUUCGUCCAAGUCUCAGCCAGCCAUCCAAUCAAAGAGUCCCCUUCCCCCGAUCUUGAAGAAACCGAACAGUGUACACGAGGCGCCUAAGUCAGCUCGCCUUCUCCUCAAGAACCCCGACGGUGAAAGCGUCACUCUAAAUCCAUCAACGCCUCCUAAUCCAAACAUGGUCGAGCUUAACACCAAAGAUAACGGAUCAGGUCGCAAGAUACCGAAGAAGCCCCAUGUCAACGCUAACCGCACAGGACGAAGCUCUCGUCGUCGCCCGGUUUUCAACCGCCGCAAGUCGUCCCAAACAUCCAUACGCAAGGCCACGUCGCCUCCGAGCGAGCAGCUCGAGAACUCCCAUUCCGCUGCAUUAGAUUCCCUGUACAACGCCGAUUUCACGUCUCCGUCCGAGCUCUCACAGCCAGAAAUCCAAGGCAUGAUGAGUCCGGAACCAGAGGAUAGCUGGGCAGACAUCGAAUCAGUCGAAGGACCCGUGCCCAUCAGGAGACAAGCCAGCAAGCCAGUGACAUCGCCGGCGGCAAGUUUCCUCGCAGGGAGAGUGCAUCCGUUGAGAAAUCCCGAAAUCAGCCCCGCCGUUCUCGAAAUUGCCGAUAAGCAAGACCCCAUUCUUCCUCAAGGAAUCCAAACGGUUAGUGGAAGCCCCAUUCCCAAGGAGGGAACCCAACAGCACGCUGAACCCAUGGACUUUAGUUUCUCUGAUGCUUUCCCAAGCACCCCUGAUGAGAUCGCUCAAGACACUGGCCCCUUUCAAGAUACUGGGGCUGCUCAAGACGCCAGCAUGGCCGGACUCACUGACGCAAAGCGCAUCCCCAUGCCCAAGAGCAUGCUCCGCGACCUGCUCACUAUAAUCGAAGACCCCAAACCCCUAACCGAACGGAUUUCCCUCCCCAUCCGCCCCUGGUUCACAGCAGAGCACGCCUGGUGCCGACUUCCAGAACAGAACUAUCUCUUGGAUUGGAUGAUCCUAGAUGACCCGAGAAGUCUGAGCCCACAGCCUUCGCGGAAACGACUGGUGGAGCGGGGAUUUCGGAAGAAUUUUGCGGAUCAGGUGGAAGAGUUCUCUGCGUAUGAGAAGAGGAUGAGGGAUGGUCUUGGUCUGCUGGAUUGUGGAACACCCCAGCGGGAAAUCUGGAAUGAUAAUUGGGAGUCUGAUGCUCCUACCCUGAUGGUGGAGCUGAUGGAGAGUCCUCAAUCGGAGCAUGGGGAGUCGGAAUGA